GUAAGGUGGGCAUUCUUCGCACUGACUUUCAAUGUAAGGGGCAUUCUUCCCACGGCCACCAAUGUAAGGGGCACUCUUCCCACGGCCACCAAUGAAAGGGACAUUCUUCGCACUGACCACCAAUGUGAGGGGCAUUCUUCCCAUGACCACCAAUGUAAGGGGCAUUCUUCCCACUGACCAUCAAUGUAAGGAGCAUUCUUCACACUGACCAUCAAUGUAAGGAGCAUUCUUCACACUGACCACCAAUGUAAGAGACAUUCUUCCCAAUGACCACCAAUGUAAGGGGCAUUCUUCCCACUGACCACCAAUGUAAGGGACAUUCUUCACACUGACCACCAAUGUAAG